GGGACCCUGCGGGCGAGCAGGCACGGGUGCGCGGCGCGGGAGCCACAGCAGGCCUCGGCGGGGGUGGGCGGGGCGCGUGCUCCGCGCGUGCGCAGCCCGCCUUCCGGGGGGCGAGGCGGGGUUUGUGAGGCUACUCUUCGGCGGGCUCCUUAGUGCUACAAAGCGGCGGGUGGUCGGCUUUGUUACCCCCAGGGGUCCCGAGCCGCGUCUGGGCGCAGCCAGUGCUGUCGUAGGCCGACAGCGAAGGCCCCCGCAGCGAGGGCGGAUGGAAACUACGCCAGGCGGGGCUCCCGGGGUGGGGCUGCGGUAAAGCGAGCGAGGGUUGGUCCCCACCAGAGGGACGGGGCGUGGCCCACCCCGGACGGUGGCUGGGGCCUUGCUGCCCUCUGCAGGAUGAUGGGGGAACUGCGCCGAGAGGGGCUCAGCCGAGGGGCGGGACUCGAUGCAGACCCGGGUUCUCGGGCGACCUCCUGUUGGCCCUCGGCGCUCCUCCGCUUCAUUCAAGCCUAAUGAACGGGUGAAUCUAGUUAACGUGACAGUUAAAGGCGGCCUUGAAGGGGGAAAAAAUGAGAUACAGAGGCUUUGGACUCAACAGGACGCGCUUGGUGGGAUCAGCCAACUCCAGGUCUGGUGCUGAAUGUUUCAGAUCUUCCUAUGGAGCCUGUUGAUCCUGAGCAUAUUUUAAAUUUCUCGCCCGCCCCCCAAACAGGACAAAAAACCCAGCCAUACAGUUUGAGGGUUUUGAGCCCUCAGGCUCUCCGAAGUGAUGGGCCAGGAUAAUCAACCCAAUUCAGGGCACUCUCACAGGACGCACUGCGGAGUGCCUACACGGGAUAGAAGGGCUUGCCGGCUUCCCUUGUUCCCUUGGAUUUGUGACCUUUGGCAAUGUGGAAUUCUAGUGAGGGCUAGCUUAAUCGUUCCAAGAUCUCCUCCCCGUGGGAGCAGCACUUGGGAAGUGACUGAGGUCCCAUUCUCCAAACGCAAGGUUUUGAGGCUGCUGCUGCAAAAGAAAAAUCUCAAUAUAUAUUUACUUUUCACCCAACUACUGACCGUACAAAUUAAGUUUUGUUACAAGGCCACACUUGAAGGGCUAGGUUAUGGUUGGAAGAGCGACUGCUUAGACCGUGAUGGAAAUGACUGGAGGAACAGAACCAUGUUAACGUGUGAAUGGAAUCCAAGGCAUUUCAUUAUUGUCUUCAUAUUCUAAGGCGGUCCCCUCACUUCUCCUUGUAUUUAUAGACUGAAAUAAUGGAGGAAAUUUUAUCACUCCCCCCUCUACAGGAAAAAUGAUCAAACUUCAGGGAGGUGUCCUUCACAGAACUUAUUUGCUGUAGACCUGUUUGUGCGGUGCCCCCCCCCCUGUCCCCAGGCCUGCACCCUGUCUGCAGAUGGAGGAGCUGGAGAGAGGCCUGUUGAUGCAGCCGUGGGCCUGGCUACAACUUGCUGAGAACUCCCUGUUGGCCAAGGCGUAUAUCACCAAGCAGGGGUAUGCCUUGCUGGUUUCAGAUCUUCAGCAGGUUUGGCAUGAACAGGUGGAUACUGGUGUGGUCAGUCAGCGAGCCAAGGAGCUCAACAGGCGCCUGACUGCCCCGCCUGCAGCUUUCCUCUGUCAUUUGGACGAUCUGCUUCGCCCGUUGUUGAAGGACAGUGCUUGUCCCAGCAAAGCUACCUUUGUCUGUGAUCGUGCGGCCGAGGCACUGAUACUGCGGGUGCGGAGUGAGCUCUCUGGUCUCCCCUUUUAUUGGAAUUUCCACUGCAUCCUAGCUAGCCCUUCCCUGGUCUCCCAGCAUUUGAUUCGUCCUCUCAUGGGUGUGAGUCUGGCCUUGCAGUGCCAAGUGAGGGAGCUCGCAACCAUGCUUCGUAUGAAAGAUCUAGAGAUCCAGGACUACCAGGAGAGUGGGGCUGUGCUGAGCCGAGAUCGUUUGAAGACAGAACCAUUUGAAGAAAACUCCUUCUUGGAACAAUUUAUGGUAGAGAAGCUACCAGAGGCAUGCAGUGUAGGUGACGGAAGACCCUUUGUCAUGAAUUUACAGAGUCUGUAUAUGGCAGUCACCAGACAAGAGAGCCAAGUGAGAGAGAAGCAUCAGGGCACUGGAGAUCCUCAGCCCUCAAGCAGUGCCUCCCCACAAGGAACCGAAAACCAGCUUGUGAAGCAGCCGCAAGAGCCGGUCUCCUCAGCACCAUCCAUCCCCGUGCCCGAGAAAGAGCCCACGGGUACCUCAGGCCCUAUGCAGAGACCUCAGCUGUCAAAGGUCAAGGCGAAGAAGCCAAGAGGGCUCUUCAGUUAACCUGUCGCUGUCUUGACUGCUGAGGACGGGCUUGGAGAAGAGUUUCCUCGUGUCACCCUGAGAGGAGCUCCCGUGUGCGGUGUCUCUGACACAGAGUUACGUGGUCAGAGGCCCCACGGCUGAAAUACCAGAAGUUCACGCGGACAGGCAUGGAUACUGCUAACCCAGUGAAUCUUGGCUCCCACCCGCCUGGCAUGGGCCUUCCCUAGCCGAGUGGAAGCCAGCUUCUGAGAAUCCCAUACCUUCCCCUCUUUUGCUGGAGGUUCUCCAGACCCAGGAUCCUACCACGGACUUUACAUACAGAGGAUAAGUCAGCAAAAAGGCACAACGCACUCAGGAGGCCUUGUCCACCUUUCUCCAGAGUCCCUGGCCAGUCCCAGCUGCUCCUAGAGACCCACUUCUCUCUUAAGCACGGAAUAAAAAGCACUCACACUCC